UGUCAAACUUAAAUCAUUUUCUUCAUAGGAUGUCAACUUCAAUCAAUUUCUUCGUACUUGGAUCCAAUUAAUCGACCAAUCUAGAACAGUAAAAGAUCAAGUCUAAAGAUAACUUGUUCAUUUUUCACUUCAAGGCAAGGUUUAGAAUAUGCUACUGUUCUAAGCCACUCUAUAUAGGAAUCUUUACUUUCCAAAAAGAAGAUGGAAAGAAGAAAGUUUCAUCCCUUGCUUCUGUAGUGGCAUCUUCUUCUAGUUCACACAUCAAAUCGUCAAUUGAAUUUCAAUGAUAUAGAAAUGCAGGGACAAGCUUAAUUGAGAAUCAACCAAAAAGAAAACAAUUAGAAAAUGUCUUACUUUUGGUUUAGUGGAACAACUCAUGUUCACAUUUUGAUAAAUGUUUAUGAAUAUCUUCCUGCUUUUACUUAUUAAUUAGUUAGAAGAACAUUGAUCAAUUUCACAUUAUUUCAAUAACUUGUGCAUUUGGUGAUCCUAGUGCUUACUUAUGGUCUGCUGACUUUACUUACUGAGGCCUAAGAAGAGCUAGUUUAAUUUAUCCCUUUGCAAUGUCUAUGGUAUGUCAAAAAUGUCGAAAGCAACUGCCAUUGCCACCACAAAGUACACUAUUUCGUUGUGCGUGUGGCAAUAUGAUUCCACUAGGCAAUAGUGAGAGGUCACUGCCAAUCCAAGAACAUGGUAGAUUCAGUUCUAAAAUGAGAAGAUUCAGAGAUAAAUUUAGGAGAAACAGCUCAAGAGAGAACAGCCGAUCUCCUUCUCCCAGUGUUAGUCCACGUUUGUCUCUUAUUUUCACAAAGCCAGCACCAAGUGGGAAGCGUGCACUUCUUUGUGGGGUGACUUACAAGAAGGAGAAAUUCAGACUUAGAGGAACAUUGCAUGAUGUACACAGCAUGAGUGACUUGCUGGUUCGGAAAUUUAACUUUACAAAUGAUUCCAUUCUCAUUCUAGCAGAAGAAGAGGCAUAUAAACCUCCAACUAGGAGAAACAUCCUGGAGGCUUUCAAGUGGUUGAUGGAAGACCUUAAAUCAGGUGACUCGUUGGUGUUCUACUUCUCAGGACAUGGCUUACGACAACCUGAUUUUUGUGAUGAUGAACUAGAUGGUUUCGAUGAAACGAUCUGUCCUCUUGACUUUAGGACUAAUGGCAUGAUCAGUGAUAAUGACAUCAAUGAUAUUCUUGUUAAACCACUGCUUCCAGGUGUUACACUUCAUGCUAUCGUUGACGCUUGUCAUAGUGGAACUGUUCUUGACUUACCUUGGGUAUACAAAGAGAAUAGAUGGGUUGAUAACAGACCCCCAUCCGGUGCUAACAAGGGUACGAAGGGUGGUAAGGUCUUCGGUUUCAGUGCUUGCAGGGAUAAUCAACUAGCUGCAGAUACCUCUGCUUUCUCUGCUGAAAAAACUAUGAUGGGUGCCAUGACUUACACAUUUAUUAAAGCUCUCUGGGAAAUUCCAGAUGUAACAUACCAAGGAUUACUUGAUCAUAUGCACAAGGCAAUCGAAAAUGUUAACAAAGCUAGAUGUCCACUGUUGAAGAUACUGCAACGCAAGAUAGACCAGGAACCAGUGUUAUCAUCUUCUGAAAAAUUCAACACUAACACAAGGUUCAAGCUCUAAUUCUUCUGCAGAAAGACGAAUUUGGACCUACAUAUUUCCAGUUCCAUCAUAAAAUGAAGGCGUGGGCGCUGCUAGUUUCAUACUUGUCUCUUGUAUUGCUUCCCUUUUUUUUAAUUCUUGUCUAUCUUCCUCCAGAAUACGA